UGUGACCACCUACCAAAACAACAAAUCUUGAUGUUCGCUGUUCAGUAUUAUACCUACCUACUAUUUCAGUGUUCCUCAAACGUCGGCCAUGUAUACUCUUCCGGAAAUCAGACGAUAAUAAUAUUAUUAUAGUAGAUACUAAAAUAUUAGUUGCAAUAAGGUAUAUUAGUUUCGUGCGUAUAAUGAAGAGUCUUACAAGUUUACAAUGUAUAUUUUUGCUGUUUAUUGUAGUAUGUAUUGUACGUUUGGGAUGGUGUGCACCGCAAAAUAAAGGUAAUAAGACCAGUAAAAUUGUUUUUCCGUCAGAUGAUCAAACCAAAGACACGGAAACGUAUUCGGCCGCUGAAAAGUGCAGCGAGUAUUCGCAGUUGAUUUACAAUUACAUAAAGGAUCCAGUAUUAUUGUCGGGUCACGACCAUGUUAUCAAAGUGAAAGAUUGUCACGAUGUCUUAACCUUAAUCGUUAACGGUACGAGGACUCAUCCAAAAGAAUUUCCGCACAUGGCUUUGUUGGGUUAUAACAAGAACCCCAAAAGUAACGCAUGGGCCUGCGGUGGAUCUCUGAUCAGCAAUAGAUGGAUCCUGUCCGCAGCACACUGUGAAAAACUAGACGAAAAAACGUUCGUGCGCUGGGCACGCCUGGGAGAACUCAACUAUCUGAUGGACACCGACGAUGCAAGACCAAUGGACUACCAAAUCGACCAUCGAGUAGUGCACCCGAAUUAUCAACCUCCGUCAUUGUACAACGAUAUAGCGUUGUUCCAUCUGGACCGAGACGUGAAGUUUUCGGCUUACAUACGGCCCAUUUGUCUUAACGCAGAUUCCAACUGGCAGUCGAGUACUUUGCAGACGGUGGUAGCGACUGGUUGGGGACAGAUAUACUUCAAUGGACCAGCUAGUCCGGAUCUGUUAAAAGUGACUUUGAACAUGAUCCCUAUAAACCAGUGCAAAAGCAAUUACGCGUCGAUAGGGGGAACUCAGUUGGCGAACGGAAUACUCGAAGAAAGUAUGAUGUGUGCGGGCUAUGCGAAUGGCGAAAAAGACACUUGUGGGGGCGAUUCUGGUGGUCCACUACAAAUAGCGCACGGCAAUUACUCGUGCAUGUAUACACAAGUAGGCAUCACAUCGUUUGGUAAGCUGUGUGCCAAGAAGAAUUCACCUGGCGUUUACACGAAAGUAUCCAAGUUCUUGCCGUGGAUCGAACAAAUCGUUUGGCCCAAAAAGUCAAACUCUAAUAUAGUAUCGUACGAAAUGAAGAGUCUUACAAGCUUACACUGUAUAUUUAUGACGUUUCUUGUAAUAUGUAUUGUGAGUUUGGGAUGCUGUGCUCCGCAAAAUAAAGAUGAUGUGACCAAUACCACUAGUAAUCUACCAGAUGAUCAAUCCAAAGGCAUGGAUACAUAUUUGGCAGCUAAAAAUGAUAUGACCAAUAAUACCACUAGUAAUUCGACAGUUGAUCAAUCCAAAGGCAUGGAUACAUAUUUGGCAGCUAAAGAUGAUGUGACCAAUACCACUAGUAAUCCACCAGUUGAUCAAUCCAAUGUCGUAGAAACGUAUUCGGCCGCUGAAAUGUGCAUGGAAUAUUCGAAGUCGACUUACAAAUAUAUAAGAGAUCCAUCAUUAUUUGGUGAAGACGAGGAUGUAUUUAUCCGAGUUAAAGAUUGUAAAAAUUUCAAGACAUUAAUCGUUAACGGCACGAAGGCCGAUGCAAAAGAAUUUCCGCACAUGGCUUUGUUGGGUUAUAGCAGGUAUCCUUCAAAUGACACAUGGGGCUGCGGUGGAUCACUAAUCAGCAAAAGAUGGAUCCUGUCCGCAGCGCACUGUGCAUUUGCACAACUCGACAACGAAGAAACGUUGGUGCGCUGGGCACGCCUGGGAGAUUUGAACUAUCUGACGGAUACCGACGAUGCCACACCAAAGGACUACCAAAUUGACCGACGCGAAGUGCACCCGAAUUAUAAACCACCGUCAUUGUACAACGAUAUAGCGUUGUUCCAUUUGGACCGGGACGUGAAGUUUACGGCUUACAUACGGCCCAUUUGUCUUAACGCAGAUUCCAACUGGCAGACGAGUCCUUUGCAGACGGUGAUAGCAACUGGUUGGGGACAGGUUGAAUAUGGUGGACUACCGAGUCCGGAUCUGUUAAAAGUUGUUUUGGACAUCAUCCCGACGGACUUGUGCAAAAGCAAUUAUGCCUUGAUCAAGAAAUCUCAGUUGAUGCUCGGAAUACUUGAAGACAGCAUGAUGUGCGCUGGCUAUGCGGGUGGUGAAAAAGACACUUGUGGGGGCGAUUCUGGUGGUCCGCUUCAAAUUUUGCACUCCGAAUACCCGUGCAUGUACACGCAAGUAGGCGUCACGUCGGCCGGUAAGCAGUGCGCCACGAUGGAUUCGCCUGGCAUUUACACGAGAGUGUCCAAGUUCUUGCCGUGGAUUGAACGAAUCGUUUGGCCAAAGUCUGUCUGAAAUCAACAUAUUCAUAUUAUAUAGGUCAACAUCGCUUUGCAUUGUACUCAAGAAUAAUUAAUGAUAAUCGCCUGAUAUUGCAGUUAUUGUAAUCUUUAAGUAUAUAAUAUUCCGAGUUUUUUGUUUUAAUUUGACCCCGGGCUGACUCGUUGUUUGUAAAAUAUUUUUCAAUGUCCACGCAACUAAUAAGAACACCCACACAAUGAAACAUUUUUAUUCUUAUUCUUACGUCAUCACCAUAAGACGUAGACUACAGUAUAGUACAUAAUAUAAGAAUAUACGAUAAGAAAAUAUCUGAAUGUGCGUGGCAUAAUAUUAUGUUUUGUAACAAUUAAAUCCCAAAAAAAUGACGUCGGUCGUGUAGGUACCCGCGCCAAUUGUUGUAAGUUAAUAACAACUUAAUCACUAAAAUUAUUUAAUAAUGUUUUCAUAAUGUUAUUCAUAGAAUUAUAGAAGCUUUGGCGAUAUAAAAUGUCUUGUCUUAUUAUCGAUACCAGAAGCUCAACCAUUAGUGGCUUUAAUGAUAAUACUGAAUUUAAAAAAAAUGUUUGCAUACCCUACAUAGCCUAUAGGAUAUGUACCCAGGAAGCGCACACAUGAGUUGUAUGAAAAACCCA